UUAGGGUUCAUUGCAAGAUAGUUGUUGUGAAGCCAAAAGGAAAGGAAAAUAAACUCAUAAACACAGCAAAAAAUAAAAAGAAAGAGAAAGAGAGAGAGACCCUUUUGAAUGGAGUCUGUUUUAAGCCAAGUUGGUGUAAGUUUCUUCAAUGGGAUUACCCCAAAAGGGGUUGUUGUUAGUACCCAUUUCAAGGGUUGUUCUUUAGGUGUUGGUGGUGGUGGGAGACCAAAGCGUGCAGUGUUGGUGAAAGCUGAGGCUGUGGGUAUAAACCCUGAUAUCAGGAAGAGUGAAGAGAAGGUGGUGGAUUCUGUUGUGGUCACUGAAAUCUCUAAGCCCGUCACUGCUUAUUGCAGAUGUUGGAGAUCUGGGACUUUUCCUCUGUGUGAUGGAAGCCAUGUGAAGCAUAACAAAGCCACUGGUGAUAAUGUUGGGCCUCUUCUUUUGAAAAAGUAGAAUUAUGAUGAUCAUGGAUUGUUUUCGUUGGAGAAUUACAUUAAAUUUUAGAAGGAAUUAUUUAAUGAAUCAGACUUUGCAUUUCAAUGUUUUAAUUGAAACUUGGCUUAUGUUGUGAAUGUGAUUCCUUUUACUGUCUAUUUUGAUUUGUAUCUUUGCAAUAAUUUUGUUUAAGUCAGCUGCAAGUGUCAGUAUCUUUUUUAUCUUCA